AUGGCUUCGGAUUCGAACGAAGAACCAUCAAACUCGAUGCCCUUGUCGCAACUCCCUAUAUGUGCCUUGGAGAUGGGGAAGAAUUUGUACCCUGAUCCAUUGCAUUUCAAGACUGCCGAUCACUUGAUCAAGUUUCGAAGGGCCGCUGACUACGUUUCUGCUGACAAUGCCCUUCUUGAGCGUGACCUUGCUCACGACGACAUUAAACAUACUAUCGGCUACUGGGGCAUCUCCCCUGGAAUUACAUUAAUUUUUGCACAUCUGAACCUUAUCAUUCAGAAGUACGACCAGCAAGUGAUUUUGCUCGUUGGACCUAACUAUGCUGUUCCUGCUAUCCUUGCUUGCCUAUGGUUGGAACGGUCCCUGGAGCGCUUCUACCCGCGCUAUAGCAGAGACAAGAAAGGUCUUUAUAAUUUGGUGACUAGUUUCAGCGUUCCUGGAGGGUUCCCAAGUCAUGUCAAUGCCGGGGUUCCAGGCUGUAUUCAUGAAGGCGGAGAGAUGGGGCACGCUCUUGGAACAGCGUUUGGUUGCGUCAUGGAUAACCCGGAUUUGAUCAGUGUGGUGGUGGUAGGUGACGGUGAAGCUGAAAGCGGGCCUACGGCGACUGCAUGGCAUAUGUGUCGGUAUAUUGACCCCAAGAAGUCGGGGGCUGUCUUGCCAAUCCUGUAUUUGAAAAGCUUCAAGAGUGGCGGAAGGACAAUAUUUGGAUCAAUGGACAAUUCCGAGCUGUGCUGUCUUUUUGCAGGAUAUGGUUAUGAGCCAUGCAUUGUGGACGACAUCAAUGAUAUUGACCGUGAACUCAAUACAGCCUUGUCAUGGGCUGUAGAGUCAAUCCAAAACAUCCAGAUCGAUGCACAAGCCGGCUCAUCGAACGACAAACCCAGAUGGCCAAUGAUUAUUCUCAGAAUACCCGAAGGUUGGGGCUACCCACACUUGGCCCCGGGAGAACACUUCGCAGGUUCGUUCCAUGGCCAUGAAGUCCUCUUACCGCGCGCCAAAAUACAUCAAGGAGAACUCCAGCACCUCCAAGAGUGGUUGAAAUCCUACCAGCCAAGUGAGGUUAUCCCAGAGGGAUCAAUAUGUCAAGAAAUUGAAAACAUUCUACCACCAAAUGAGAAGCUGCGCUUGGGGCAAAACCGUCUGACAUGGGAUGUCCACCAUCGUCUGGAUGUGCCUGAAUGGCGACAUUUUGCUGCAGCAAAAGGGAACCAUCACAGUUUCCUCAAAGCUGCAGCUGUCUAUCUCGAUGAGACACUCUCACUGAACAGAAACUCUCUGCGCAUCUUUUCUCCGGAUAACGUCGUCAGUCAGAGACUCGACAGGAUAUCAAACCGCACAUUCCGCAGUUUCCAGUGCGACGGAGCAAGAAUUGACAAAAGCGGACAAGUGAUAGAGUUCGCGUCCGAACACACCUGCCAAGCUUUGAUACAAGGUUACACAAUCACAGGCCGGACCGGGAUUAUUGCAGCCGAUGAGAGUCGUUUCCCUGUCAUUGCUACGAUGAUGACCCAAUACAGCAAGUUUCUGCGGAUGUCGAGGAAUAUCCCCUGGCGCAAAGAUGUCAGCAGCCUGACUUACGUUACUACCAGUACUUGGACUCGACCUGAGCCGAAUGGUUUGUCAAAUCAGAACCCAAGCUUCAUUGGUUCCGUGCUGAACCUGAGACCCACCAUUGGAAGAGUGUAUCUACCACCUGACGCGAACGUCUUCCUCUCAACAUUGGCUCAUUGUUUGAGAUCACGAAAUUACGUCAAUCUCAUCGUGGCCUCAGAACACGCAGGCCCUGUUUGGCUGAGUGCGGAGGAAGCGGAAAUUCACAGCAGAGCCGGUGGAGGUGUCUUCAAAUUUGCCAGCACGGAUGAUGGUAUCGAUCCAGAUGUGGUGCUCGUUGGAGUUGGAGCAGAUACAACUUUCGAGGUCGUUGCGGCAGCGGCGUAUCUACGAAAACUUGCAUCUUCUCUAUCUCUGCGCGUGGUCAAUGUCACCGAUUUAAUGAUACUGGGACGCGAAGGGUCUCAUCCCCAUGCCUUGAGCGACCGCGAUUUCGACACGCUAUUCACCCCACACAGAGAAAUCCAUUUUACCUAUCACGGUUACGCCAAUGAACUACAGGGAUUACUUUUUGGGAGACCGAAACUGGACAGAGUCUCCAUCUCGUCCUUCCAGAACGAAUUCGGAGCCACCACUCCAUUUCAGACUCUUCUCCGAAACAAGUGCAGCCGGUAUCAUGUUGCCGAAGCAGCCCUCCGUGGCGCCGCGAAAUGCAAUCCGCAUGUUGCAGUAGACCUUCAAAAGCUCGUCGCGCAUGUUCAGCACGAAAGAGCAAAAGUCGACCAGUUCAUUGUCAAACAUGGCACUGACCCCGGCGGCAUGUACGAUAUUCCCAAGUUUUCCAAACCCCAUAAUCGUCACCUGCCGGCUGGAGGACAAACAUGGGAAGCACACGAUCGCACAUACCACUUGCCCGAGGAUGAUUUCAGUCCUUUCGAAAACGUAACCGGAGCAGUCUAG